AUGACAGCUAUGGUGUGCUUCAUCGGCCGGAGUAACGUGGGGAAAUCGUCUUUAAUCCGGGCCCUGUUCUCACUGUCUCCAGAAGUGGAGGUCAGAGUGUCAAAAACUCCAGGCCACACCAAGAAGAUGAAUUUCUUCAAAGUAGGGAAGUACUUUACUCUGGUGGAUAUGCCAGGAUACGGCUACCGUGCCCCGCAAGACUUUGUGGAGAUGGUGGAGGCCUACCUGCAGGAGCGACGCAACUUGAAGAGGACUUUUCUAUUAGUUGAUGGUGUAGUGGGACUCCAGAAAACAGAUCAUAUUGCAGUAGAGAUGUUGGAAGAGUUUGGGAUUCCUUAUGUGAUGGUGUUAACAAAAAUUGACCGAGCUUCCAGAGGACUGUUGUUAAAGAACGUACUGGGGAUCCAGGAUUUUGUAAAGGAGAAAACUCAGGGAUGCUUUCCUCAGCUAUUCCUGGUCAGUUCUCUGGAAUUUUCGGGGGUUCACUUGCUAAGGUGUUUUGUAGCCCAUGUUACUGGAAACCUGCCAACUGUAGAGGCCAGCUGAAAAGACUGGCUCCUGAUCUGCUUGGCUCACCCAGAACAAAAGG